AUGCAUAAAAAAGACUUCCACUGGAGUGUUUUUGUGGCCAAUCGUGUAGCUGAAAUAAGGAGAUGCACAAAUCCGGACGACUGGCAUUAUGUACCAAGCUUACGUCUUGUGAAGAGAAUUUGUUCAAAGUGUGUUAUUUGUAAAAGAUUCAAAGGCAAAUCUGUUCAACCACCAGUUGCACCCUUACCAAAGGACCGAAUUAAAUAUGGAGAUUUUGAGGUCACUGGCAUCGAUUUGGCUGGCCCAUGGUAUGUAUUGUCUGGCGAAAAAGCAUGGAUUGUGAUUUUUACUUGUGCGAUCUAUCGUGCUGUGCACUUUGAAUUGACGAAAUCUUUAUCAGCAGAUUCAUUUAUAAUGGCACUCCGAAGAUUCAUUGCAAGAAGGGGUAGAAUAAGUAUCUUAUAUACUGACAAUGGUACCAACUUUGUAGGAACGAAUAAUGCACUAAACGAACUUGAUUGGGAAAAAAUAAUGGAGUUCUCAACGAUUGAGAAGAUUAAAUGGAAGUUUAAUCCUCCAUCCGCUGCCUGGUGGGGAGGAUUUCAGGAGAGGUUGGUACGGAUGGUAAAAGAACUUUUAAGACGAAUUUAA